UCGAUAGCCGUUUUGCAUCAUAUAAAUUACACCGGAGACAAUUGUUGAGCAUCAGUCUCAUACAAAUCGUUGAGAUAGCAAUCACCAUGUUCACUAAAGUGUUGCUCGUCUGCGCCAUCGCCGCCGUAGCCUCGGCCAUCGAGUACCCCAAGGGCCUGCACCCGGCUCUAUGCCCCAACUACCCAUACUGUGACCUGGAAGUCCUGGCCCGCCACACCGCUGACGGCAUGCCCAUCCCUGAGUGGGAGUUGCCGUUCGCGUACGCACGCUUGCCGUACUAUGCUGUACCUAUCCCUAUUGCCCGGGUAGCUCCUGCUCUUGCCCCUCUGCCAGCCAAGACUCCCGAGUACCCCGCUGACGUCGACCCUGCUUCGUGCCCUAACUACCCCUACUGCACAUAAUUUUACUGUGACACUUUACUUCCUUAGAAAUAAUUGGUAUCUUCGAACUGGAUGAGAUCUGCAUUGUACUUGUGUCAUAAUGAGACUGAUCUGGUGAUAUCAUU